GCCCAGCCGAAAUGAUAACAUCGACCGUCGGCUUAAAUAUCGGACAUUUCAUCCCACUUGAGCGCAUGCAUUAUCCCAUAUCGCUUUACCCAACAACUCCGUCUAGAAUAUUUCUUGACCAUCUCUCAGACCUUCUUCAAGUUUCCCGCCCUCACAACAAUCGCGACCAUGGCAACUCUCCUCAAGCAAUCCCUAAAACUCGCCCUCAUCCAGCUCGCCUCAGGCGCCGACAAAGCGCAUAACCUCUCUCACGCACGCACAAAAGUCCUCGAAGCGGCGAAGGCGGGCGCAAAACUCGUUGUCUUGCCAGAAUGCUUCAACUCGCCUUACGGAACAAAGUACUUCGACAAGUACGCCGAAACCCUUCUCCCAUCCCCGCCCACAGAAGCGCAAGCACCGAGCUUCCAUGCGCUGUCGAAGCUUGCGAAGGAGGCAAAUGUAUACUUGGUUGGAGGAAGCAUACCUGAGCGAGACGAGGGGUCAAAGGACGAGAAGAAGUUGUACAACACAAGUUUAACAUUUGGGCCGAAUGGACAACUGUUAGCGACACACCGAAAAGUGCAUCUCUUCGAUAUUGAUAUCCCCGGCAAGAUAAAGUUCAAGGAGUCGGAGGUACUAUCUCCAGGAAACAAGAUUACUCUUCUCGACCUCCCCGAGUACGGCAAAAUCGCCAUCGCGAUAUGCUAUGACAUCCGCUUCCCCGAACUCGCUACUAUCGCUGCGAGGAAAGGCGCGUUCCUCCUUUUAUACCCCGGCGCAUUCAACCUCACUACCGGUGCGCUGCAUUGGGAGUUGUUGGCCAGGGCCCGGGCGACGGACAAUCAGGUCUAUGUUGGGCUGUGUAGUCCAGCAAGGGAUAUGAAGGCAGAGUAUAAUGCGUGGGGGCACAGCAUGGUUGUUGAUCCCAACGCACAAGUGUUGGAACAGCUUGAUGAGAAGGAGGGUACUCUGAUUCAAGAGUUGCAGGCGGGCAAGAUCGAGGAGUCGAGGAAGGGAGUGCCGUUGUAUGGGCAGAGGAGGUUUGAUGUUUAUCCUGAUGUUAGUCAGGGUGGGAAAUUUGAAGAGUAGAUAUGGACUUGAACCAGUAACGAGUCAUGUAACAUGAUAAGCGUCUACUUCAAAAUACUACAACUGUUGAGAACACAGUACAUAACUUGCAUACUGAGUACACUUUGUCAUUCGAU